AGCAGACGACACACACACACAUCACAACAGCUGCGCGCGUCGGCGUUGGCAGCAGGUGGUUCAUUUAGGCCCAUUUUAUUGCGUCGGUUCUUUAAUUGAACUCUUAUUUUAACAUUUUAUCAGUGAAGAAUUGUGUAGGAUCGGUUUCAUUUACGCGACCGACAUUGUGACCAAGUGUUCGGCUUCACACCGCGCGGCUUUUGGUGUGUCAAUGAACUGACACAUUUUUGACAGCAACAAAAUUACCCGUUGCCUUCGGUUUGAUGCCAGUAGAAAAUAGGCGUCUGUCGUAGAUACUCUUCUUUAAAAAUGAUUGGCGUGCCAUCUGUUGUUGUGUUUUCCUUAGUCAUUAAUGUAGUGGUUGCCACUCGAAGUUAUUAUAAAACAAACUCCAUGUCCCUCAGUGAACUGCUCAACAGGAACCCACCCAGCUCAACUCCAGAAACUUGGACUGGAAAGUAUUUCCCAACACCACCACCUUCACAUACACCAGCACCCCCUCCCUUACAUGGAGGAGUGCCAAUGGGUCUAAACCCUAACUGUGACGAUGCCAAGACUAAUUUAACUGUAGAUUGGAAUUCAUCUCCCAUCGUCUACACCUGCUUCUUUCCCAACAAACGAAUUAUCCCAGACUUUGAUAUCAAGCCAAUUUUGGAAAUAGAGCCUGUUCCAAAAUUAUACUCUGCUGUUCACUACUGCAUGAACGAGACUAUUGUGUAUCAAAACCCUAUCCCAACAUUUGGUCCUCAUCGACCUGCAUGGCCUCGAUAUGGAGAGUAUAAAUAUGUCCCUGUGCAGCGUUGGCUUCAUUCUCUUGAGCAUGGUGGCAUUGUCAUGCUGUACCACCCUUGUGCACACCCUCUGGAAGUUGCACGUCUGAGGCGGAUUGUGAAGUCCUGUUUGUUUCGUCAUGUUAUUUCUCCCAGCCCACAUCUUUCCACUGAAAUGCCUCUAGCUUUGGUGACAUGGGGGAAACGAUUGACAAUGUCAACAGUCAAUGUAGAUGUUGUUCGAGAAUUCAUCCUACAAAAUGCUCUUCAAGGGCCAGAAAAGAUAUCAAGAGAUGGACAGUAUGAUGCAGAACUACUGAAAGCAGCAGAGAUUGUCAGUGAUACCGAGGAUACAGAUUUAUGUCCAGAGGAAAGGAUCAAGGCUUUGUCUCUGUAUUGGUAGUUACUCUUUAUAAACCUUUUUUUCAUAGGAACCAAAAACGUUCUGUGCAACCACCAUAGCCAGCAUCUUUAUCUUACAACUUUACAGCAAGCAAAAUUUAGGGUGGAAAUUGAAAAAGAGCUUCUAAUGCAGGCACUGUUAGACUUUUAAAGUAAAUAAAUAUUUGAUCUUCAUCUUGUA